AUGAGAGCCGGUAUUUCAGACGAUAGGCAUACGAAGCAGGCUGUACUAAAGAGUGUACGAAAUUACUUGGGUGCUAAAUUACCAAAAAUGAUUGUGUCCGAAAAGCCUUCUGUCGAUGCAGGCCACGAAGAAACGCUACGGAAUUCAGGAUCUCCUGUGAGAUACCAGUCUGCUGAUGUGAGUCUGAGUGCCACGAGCCAUUCCCUUUUUCAGCCUGAAAAUACGCUAGUGACCGGAAACCAUAGCAAAAUUACCACAGAGGCGAAGCUGCUACAAAAGAAGGAGAAAAUAGGUUUAAUUGAUCCGACACCACUGGUUUGGAUAGAAACCUUAGUGCCAGUUUACUACCAGACUUUUGAAAUGCAGGAAUCCACAGAUCAUGUCACCAAAGAGUUUGACAACGUGGAUGAGGUAAAGGUGUCACCCGGGAAACACAGAUUUGAAAGUGACGAGCUGUCUGAUGAUUUUAAAACCCCAAAGCGCGGGCCAGGAACAUCUCAGCUUAUCGGAGACGAAUGUUCAUUUUCAACAAACAAGGAAACUGAGCAUUCUGGUGGACAAAGUCCAGAAAUUUUAGACUUUGUGGGAAUAGAAACCACACAUCAUCCAAGUGCUAAAACUCUAGAUCCUCCCCUUGAAGAUGCAGAAUUCCUGGAAGAAGAGAUUCCAAAACAGAGUGCGACAAAAACGCAAGCAUCUCAGAAUGAAAAAAUUUCAGGAUUUAGUGCUGAAAAAAAUUUUGGAUCUUUAAGUGGAGAAGUUUUGGAGCCUAUCGCAUAUGAAACUCUGUCUUUUUCGGGCAAUGAAAUUCCAGAAUCUAUCACAGAUGGAGCUGCAAAAUCUUUUAACAAGGAAAUCAGUGGAAAUACCGAAGAAACAGCAUCAGGUUAUGUUGCUUCGAUUGAAUCUACUGCAGGUGAAGUUCCCUUAUCUUCAGAGAAAAAGACCUUAGCAUCUGAAGAUAAUGAAACCCAUAUAUUUCAAUCUUCCGCAUUUAUCGAGAAAAAGAUAUUAGCGUGUAAUGUUCAAGGAGUCUCAGAACUUGCCCAAGACGAGGCUUCAAGAUCAACCUAUGAGCGAGUUCCAGAAUUUAGAAAAAAUGAAGCGUUCGGUUUUUCGCUUCUGGAGGAAUUUAAAUCAGAAGCUGUAAAAAAUGUAAAGGAUGAAAUCACUGGAGAAGCUUUCGGCUCUUUGGACGAAGAAAUCGCAAAACAUGGCAAAAACGAAGCUUUAGGUCCUUUGAUGCCAACGCAUAUCGGAAAAGAGACCUCUGGAUGUGCUGACGAAAAUGCUGUGGAACUCCAUGAAGAAAUUAUUGCUGGAUCACAAAACAUAGAAACCCAAGAACUUUCUAGAAAUGAAGCUUCAGAAUUGAGGGAUGAAAAAGACAUGAAAUUUGUCGAAAAAGACUUAGUGGUAAAAGAAGUUAUAAAACCUAGUGAAGAUGAAAUUCCAAGCAAACCCAGCGGAGACGAAACUCUGAGCUUUCUCGACGAACAAGUCCUCGAAGACACUGAAAACAAUGCGGUAAAAUGUGAGGAAUUUUUAGAAAACAUUCGAAAAAAGACACCGCCGCGUUCAGAUGAAAGUGCUGUAGGUAUUUGUUCAGAAGCUUGUUUAACAGAAGAACAAACUAUUCUAGAAGUACAAGUAAAGGAUGAAAGCCAAAAGCGAAAAUUGGAAAUUUUGCACAUGAUAUCUUUCCCAAGCUUGGAUGCUGCUGAAAUUUUAGUAAAAGUGGAGCCGGAAUUUCUUAACAGAACAGAACAGGAAUCCCUUCAAAAAACGGUAAAAAGGCCCGAAUUUUCUGGAAAUGAAAACAAGACGGAUAGUGAAUUACCCUCUAAGACUACUUUCACUAAUGUGGUCAGUACAUCGACACGAAUGGACGAAUCUUCCGGGGAAGAACAAGUUCCACAGAAAACAGCGGCAGCUGAAUCUGCAAGUUUUGAAGAAUCAGCUAAAAGCGAAGUACUUGCUGGUGUAACUGCGAAAACGUUGUCGCCAGAAAGCAAGGAAUUUGAUGAGAAUACCGGGACGAAUGCUGACAAGGAGCAGGAUUUGGAGGGAACAGCAAUGGCUUUUACACUCCAAACAAUUCAUGCCAAACAAGAGGAACGAGGCCCGACUGAAAUAGCAGCAGAAACGCUCAGCGGUGAACAGGUGUCUGAGCAACAAAGCGUGAACAGUAGAAAUCGAAAUCGUGGUGCUGGCAGUGGUGGAGAUGCUGGUGCGUUUUACGGUAGACAAAGACAGAAAAAGUGGCGCAGGGGUGGGAUGUACUCCGAUAUGGCGGACGCGUGUGGUGGUGGUGGUGCUGGAAGAAACGCUCAACAAGAACCGACUGAUUCCCGAAAUUACAUGCAGGAGCAAGGCUACGUCAGGUUUUCGGAUUAUCAGCAAGAACAAGGAAGUUCCACUAUUCAAAGCCAGUACCAGCAACAAACUGGCGGGGCUGGCAAAGGUGGCGAAAGUCAUCGAAAACGAAACAAGAGGAAUAGGCGA